AUGGCCUAUGAAAUGAUGUCAUAUUCGAAUCGAGAUAGUGGACGGGACUACCGUAAUGGUUCUCGUCAUGCUGAGCAUGCAUAUGAAAAUUCCGUUUCAAGAAAACGUUAUCGGGAUGUUCCAUUCCAGUCACGAAUGCCUUUUGAAAAUGAUUUAAAAGAUAGGGAAUAUGACUACUACAAUCCAAACAAGGAAUAUGUUUCCCCCAGUAAAGAACUUCGACGUAGUAAACAUGAUGUAGAGAAGUUUCGCCAAGAUCCGCGGUACAGUCGUGAUUCAAACACUAGUCCUGUUCCGAAAAAACGUAGUAAAAUGGACAGUCGAGUCGAAUCAUCUCCUCCCAAACCAUCUCGUGUACUUGGUGCUUUUGGAUUGUCUAUGCGUACUGAGGAACGGCAUUUGUAUGACAUAAUGAAAAAAUAUGGCGAAAUAGAGGAGAUAAAACUUGUUCAAGAUAAUUUAUCUGGGCGUUCACGUGGUUUCGCAUUUAUAUAUUUUCGGUCUAUUGAAUGUGCUCGUUCAGCGCGCGCUGCAUGCGCUCGAGGUUUGGAACUACAUGAUCGUAUUGUUCGCAUUGAUUACAGCUACACUGAGCGACCACACAAUCCUACACCUGGAAUAUAUAUGGGCAAAGAAAAACGAAAUGAAUAUAACUAUCUAUAUAAUAAUAGAAAACAUUUUGAUAUUAUACAAUUGCCAUAUUCUGUGUAUCAUAAAUCAGCCUAUAGAGAACCAUUAAUUUCAAACUUUAAAGCAACAUCAAAUUAUUCAUUGUUAAAUUAAAAUGUAACUCAAUAGUUCCUUAAUAUAUUUACAUAUAAUUCAAUUGUGUUUUCAAAUGAUUAAAAUUCUUGUUUUGAAAAAAAGAAAGAC